AUGGCACCCUGCAAACCUCGGACCUUUACAGCCGGUCAGGAUCCGCUCACCAAAUUUGAUGGAGCCAUUUCAGUCCGUAAUCUGCCCCGCCCCCCGGACCGUUUGUUUCUUUUUCACGGUGUCAUGAGGCCAAAUCAUGGCAUAUAUGCCAAGCUGAUCGCCACUGGCCAAAAGCCCCCCACGCAUUUCCACCCCUCGCAGUGGGAGUUCUUCCGCAUUCUCCGUGGGAAUCUUACCAUCGAAUUUAAUGGGCGCGCCAUUCACCGGACCUCCAGGCAUGGCGAGCUAGCAGUACCUCCCUAUACCCAUCAUGUCAUUUAUGGAACCCCGGGAACGGAUAUGAAUGAGGUAGAGUUCGUCGUGAGUGCCAGUGAUCCUGUUGCGGAAGAGGCGGGUGCCACUGUGAUGGAUCAGCCGUUCUUUGAGAAUUGGUAUGGGUACCAGGAGGAUGUUUUUCAACGGGGAGAGAAAUUGGAUCUCGUGCAGGUGCUUUCGAUGUUUGAUGCUGGAGGCACGUAUCUAUCGCCACCGUGGUGGGUGCCCUUCCGCUCGUGGAUCGGGCUAUUUCUCGGCAUCGUUGUGGGCCGGUGGAUUGGUGGGCUGCUGGGUUAUGCGCCCUUUUAUCCCGAGUGGACGACCGACUGGGAGGCAGCCUGUAAGGUGAUGCAACAGAGCCGGUUUCAACGUCGAUUUGCGGAUCCACAGGCACAGCUACGAGCACGAGAAAGGUUUCGUGGGCAGUUAGAAGAAGAGGCAUCUGCCAGGGGGAAGAAGUCGGAGUAG